UGAAGUUCCAGGAGCGCUCGCGCUGACCGCCGUUUAAGGAGAAAUGUCAAUCAUUCAGUCGUUCGUUCCUAACCGCCUGCCGCUAUGACGUCACAUGAGUGAGUGCUGCUGACCGCGCGCUACCUGUCAAUCAUUCCUUCACGGCGAGCGUAAGAUGCGUGAGAAACCGCUACUGUCCGUCCGCAAUGCUUGAUACCGACGCAGCAUCAGGUGAGGAUAAUAACACACUGUGGGCUUGAACGGUUUAGUAAUCCAGAGGGAAAUAAGCAAGAAAUAUGGAUAAACGCGACAAGAAAGCGAAAAAGGACUCUACGAAACGCACAGGGAAGCUGUUCCGGAGGAAAUCGUUUAAACCCGUGGAAAGUUUGGUGAAUAAGAUCUUGAAAAGUUUGGGGAGCUUGGCUAGCGGCGGAGAAACAACCGAGCGGUCGGACGCUGAGGAUGAUGAUGGUGGGUUUGGAAAAAGCGCACCUUGCGCUGGAAACCCGGGACAUGUGAAACAAGAGGACAGCAGCCAGGUGAGGAAAAGUUCAUCGCUUCCCUGCCGUUCCUCCGCGAAAGAGCGACUGUUCUCGCUGUACGGGGAUAAAACGCCAGGCGUGCUGGGUCUGAAGAACCACGGGAACACCUGCUUCAUGAACGCCGUCGUGCAGUGCUUGAGCAACACGGACCUGCUCGCUGAAUACCUGUGUUUGGAGCGAUAUAAACUGGACCUGUGUCACAGGGCAAUGAACGGAUUUAUAAAGAAUGAGAACGGUCAGCAGGAGAAAGGAGAGGUUACGGAACGGCUCGCGUCUUUGGUCCGAGCGCUCUGGACUUUUCAAUACACUCCUCAACUCUCGGCUGAGUUUAAGAUGACGGUAUCUAAAUAUGGUGCACAGUUCCGGGGGAAUUCCCAGCAUGACGCUCUUGAAUUCCUGCUCUGGCUUCUGGACCGCCUCCAUGAGGACGUCAACUCAUCUUCAGCCCUCCCCAAUGGGAAUAACAGAAGCAAAUCAAGUGGCAAGGGUCAAGAAGGAGGUGAUGAAAAGCCCGUCUCUGAUACCCUGACCCCACCACAGACACAGCCUGGUGUACGUCACAGCUUUGUACAAGAGCACUUCCAGGCACAAUAUAAGUCAUCUCUGACAUGCCCACAUUGUCUUAAGCAGAGCAACACGUUUGAUCCUUUUCUGUGCAUUUCCCUCCCCAUACCUCUAAGACAGACGAGACCAGUGUGUGUGACUUUGGUGUUUAGCAGUAAAGGACAGCGGUAUCUGAGAGUGGGGCUCGCUGUGCCUCUCUUUGGCUCUUUGGCAUGUCUGCGCCGGAUGGUGGCAGAUGAGGGCAAGAUCUCUCCUGAUCAGGUAAUAUUGACAGAGAUCUACACAACAGGUUUCCAGCGCUCGUUCUUUGAUGGCGAUGACUUGACCAGCAUUGCAGAGAGUGACAUCAUCUAUGCCUUCCAAGCUCCACCCCUUUACAUCAGGGGUGGAUCUGCACGAAUCUCAGGGUUCCACCACAGUCUUCCGUCCUCUCCGUACACCUCGUCUGGGCCGGAGGGUCACAGACUGGCAGCGUCCGGAGCACUGUCCUCGGAGUUCCUGAACCGGGCCGAUGGGAUGGUGAAGAUCUUGCUGUUGGUGUGUAAUGCAGCCGGAGCAGGACAGCAGGCAGUGAGAUUCGGUCCUCCAUUUCUGAUGAGAGAGGACAGGUCAGUGUCGUGGGACCAGCUACAGCAGAGCAUCCUCAGUAAACUCUACUAUCUAAUGAUCAAUGGAUCACAGGCACAUAAUUUCAGGGUGUUGUUCAAGAUUCGUGUUGUUGGGGGAUCUGCAGCUUAUAGCUACUUAAAUCCCCAAGACGGACGGCCACUUUAUCACCCUGCAGUGGACAGAGCUCUAAAGCUGUGCGGCUCAGGUGGGCCGCCGCAUGUGAAGCUCAUUGUUGAGUGGGAGCACAGAAUCAAAGACUGCCUGUUUGGUAACAUCCAAGAGGAGGUGGUGAAGGACUCGGAAAGUGUUCGUGCUCAACAAAAACACCACGUUCAACAGCACAGCUGCACCCUGGAUGAGUGCUGUGAGCUCUACACUAAAGAAGAACAAUUGGCCCCUGACGAUGCAUGGAAGUGUCCUCACUGUAAGCAGCUGCAGCAGGGCAUGGUGCAGAUGAGCUUGUGGACCCUCCCAGACAUCCUCAUCCUUCACCUCAAACGAUUCCGACAGGUGGGAGAGCGCCGUAACAAGCUCUCCACGCUGGUACACUUCCCCCUCACUGGCCUCGAUAUGGGCCGCCACAUGGUCAAGAGGAGCAACUGUGCCCGUCCACCACCCGGCUGGAAACAACAGGCCCAUCACCGGCCCGAAGCCAGCCGACACAUGCUGAACUUCCUGUACGACCUGUACGCCGUGUGUAACCAUCAUGGAGGCAUGCAUGGAGGCCAUUACACAGGUUCCCCCAGCUCCUCUACAUCAGAUCACUGGCUCAUCCAACUGAACGCAGACAAACAAAUAUCAAAUUCAAGUAGCAAACUGUCCAAUUCAUCUUCAGCUCCAGAGCCCCAGACACCACACAUUCCUAUCAUCCAUGAGCCUCAAAAUGAAGACAGUGAUGUAAUUGAGCCGACGCCUUUUGUACGAAGCGUCCGGGGCCACAGUAUGAGUAUGCGCUACCACUCCAAAUCCAAGACGGGCCCAAGCAAAGUUCUUCCACUGCGCUGGUCAUUUGCUUCUAAGGACCGCAGAAAGCCCUCCAGCGUCACUCCAAAAAUCGGAAAUGACGAGCUGGUGGAGUACCUUGAGUCCGGCCGGCGGCCUCGAUGUACCAAGGAGCCCAUAGUAAGUAUCGUGGCUAGUCCUUCACAGGUCAAAGCCCAGCUUUGCAAGGACGAUUCUCUGAGUUCCCCUAGCUGUAGCAGUAGUGUGGAGCGAAGUAGUUAUCAAGGUCCGGAUUCACCCAGACUGCCCGAAGGCCAGAGCAGACCAGCAUCGGAUCUUAACGGCGUCACAUCCAAUGGCUCGUUGGCCAAAAGCAGUUCAAAAAGCAGACAGGAGCACGAAAGGAUUCAGGCCAGUAAGUCACUUCAAAGUUCCCCUACUGUGCUUUUCAACGGUACUAGCAACAGUGCAUCUCAUUCAAGAGACUCCACGUUAAAACAGCUACGAAACCAGGCGGCAACGACUAGCAGGACUCAUCCCAGCCAGUCUCAGACGGCCACGGGGGAAAGCAGGAGUAAAGACGGCACCAUCAUCAGACUGCAGACCGCCAGACUGCAGGAUAAGGAGGUGGGUCACGGGAAGACGCUUUCCAGCAAGAGCUUGACCAAACUGUCUCUAUCCAAUGGGACUCUAAAUGGAAAGGGCAUUGAGGUGAGGAAGACCGGCACCGCUCACAAGGGCACCAGUAAAGUGGUUAACGGCAGAGAAAACCAGGUUUGUUCGAGCACAGCUGAUAUAAAACGCGCCCACAGCUCAUCCAAUAUUCAGAGCAGGCUAGAUAUGACUUUGAAAAGGACGCUGUCUCUCCAAAGAAACGGUCCAUUGGUGCCGGCCCCCCAUAAAGGACUUGCGGUAGAUAAAUCCUCCUAUGCAACACUACAGAGAAUCAGAUACAGCAGCACUUCACUUGGCAGACAGAGACCUGUGCCCGAGUCCUGCUUCUGAUGGGUUUCAUCUUCACUGUGGGAAAUAGUGUUUGUAUAUAUGUUUUAUGCAUAUGACAACAUUUAAAUAGUGCAUACUACUGCUCUUUUGCAAAACCUAGUGAGCACUGAAAAGCAUUCUAUGCACGUUUCCAACACAAAGCCUGCUUCAAAAGGCUUAAAACGCCUCGUUUUCACCAAAGACAGCAGACAGACUUUAAAGAGAUUGCAGUCCUAUAAUGCAUUGCAACAAAUUCAGUGAAAAAAUCCAA